AUGGCUGCAAUGCUGAUUUGGUUCGAGAUCUUCGGCCUUUACUUUCUUCUGCGAGUGCUGCGAUUUUCCCUUGAAGCCCUUGCGGGCAUCUUCCCUGUGCAUUUUUCAGAGAAAGCGCCGAAGAAGAAGAAGAAGGCCCCGACAGCCCCGUGCUCCCACGCUGCCAAAGCCGACGUCGGCACAGCAGGUGCAGUCCCAGCCGGCUCGGAUCGCAGCAACCGGAGCCCGCAACUGUCUCUCCAUGUUUGCCUCGUCAGCGGCCGCAGCCUGGACCUCCGGCUGCCUGCCAACGCCGGCUUAGCCGAGCUUCGCUGGAGAGUGGAGAAGGAGCUCAGUGCGGGCAGCGUGGAGCUCAUCAAGUCCUCGGGCGACGUCCUUCAGGGAAACGGCCCUCUGAAGGGCUUCGGUCUGCAAGACGGCGAUUUGCUGUAUGCCACCGUCCGGAAUCGGCCGAUCCUGGCCACAAGCUCCCAUUGCAAUGCUCUGAUCCUGAUUGAUCAGGAGGGCUCUGUCAAGGCCUGGGGCGAGAAUGCGCCGCCCAGCAAGAUGUUGCUGAAGGACAUUCGGCGCCUUCAGAUCUCUGCCGGAGCAGCAGCCGCCAUCCUACCAGAUGGCUCUGUGGCGGCCUGGGGUGCUCCAGAAUAUGGAGGCGACGUUGGGAAGCAGCUCCCAAAGGUGCUUGACCUGGAGUCCACACAGCGGGCUUUUGCGGCACUCUGCGAGGACCGGACGGUGGUCACCUGGGGAGCUGCAGACUUCGGUGGAGACUGCAGCAGCGUUAAAGAGCAGCUGUGCGGCGUGAGGCGAUUGCAAUCAACGCAGCGUGCCUUCGCCGCUCUAUGCGCCGAUGGCCGUGUGGUUGCCUGGGGCAAUGAGGCUUAUGGAGGCGACGCGCGCGCAGUGCAGGACGAGCUGGAGAAGGUGAAGCGAGUUGAGGCCAACGCUGGGGCGUUCGCCGCGCUGCGCACGAAUGGCACCGUGGUGACCUGGGGCCGACGCAGCUAUGGCGGAGACUGCGGCGACAUCCGACAGCUCUACGACAUCGUCGAGAUUUGCGCCGCCGACACUGCCUUUGCAGCCCUGUGCGCAGAUGGGAGGGUGGUGGCCUGGGGAGAGUCCACGGAAGGGGGAAACUGUCGACCCGUCAAGCACGAGCUUCGCCAGGUGUGGCACCUCGCCGCCACGGGUUCUGCCUUUGCCGCGUUGAGAGCCGACGGCCGUGUCGUGACCUGGGGGCACAAGCAGUUUGGUGGGGACAGCACACACGUGCAAGAGCAGCUUCGUGAUGUCAAGAGGAUUACAGCCAGCAAAGGCGCCUUCGCCGCUCUUUGCGCGGGCGGACGCGUCGUGACCUGGGGCGACGAAGGCCACGGAGGACAGUCGGACGAGGUCCAGCGAGAGCUCCGGGAUGUCCAAAAGAUAUAUGCAACAACUGCUUCCUUCGGCGCAAUGUGUGAAGGCGGGCGCGUCGUGACGUGGCCUCGCGCCCAAGACCCUGCGGCGGCCCGCAUCCGAGUUUAA